AUGACGCAGGACAACCUCCGCGAGGUGCUGCAGGCGACGGGCGACGAGGUCGAGAUCCUCCGCGCGCUCCUGCGCUGGAGCGAGCAGAAGGCGACGUCGACCUACUCGAGCGUCAAGCAGCACGAGUACCCGGUCGUGGGCACCCUCUUGACAGCGACCGAGUCGGUGGCCAAGCGCGUGAACGCGACCGGCUGGCUCGGAUCGCUCUACGGCUACGUCGACCCGGUCGCGGCCAAGAUUGACCAGACGCUGAGCCGCCACGUGCUUAGCACCCUUAGCCUCCUUCUGCAAGCCAACGAGCCAUCGUCGCCGACGACCAAGUCGCGGUCAAUCCACGUAGUGCCGCGAGGAGUGCCCGUGACGGCGCCCGUCGCGGACGAGGUCACAAAGGAGCUGCAGCUCGAACUCGAGACACUGCGAUCGGUCUUGCGCAUGAUCCGCCAAGAAAACCAAGGGCUACGCCACCUCGAGAUGGAGCUCGAGGUCCUUCGAUCGACCUUGCAGCGCUUCCAUGACGAGAAUGAAGAGCUGCUCCAAGCCAACACGGCAGCCAAGAUCAAGACCCGCCACCUCGAGUCUGAAAUUGAGACGCUUCAAGCGGCUGUGGCGGCCGCCCGCGCCGACGCGACAGCAGCGGCGAACGAGACAAGCGAGGCCAAGGCCCGCGCCAAGGCCCUCGAAGCCGAUGUCGACGCACUCCGCGCGUCCCUCGAGUCGCUUCGACAAACCAACGCAACGCUCCAGCAGGAACUCAUCGACGUGCACACGUAUCGCGCGUCCAAAGAUGGGCAGACCGUCGCCGACCUCGAGGCGCUCCUUGCCGAGAGCAACGUUCAGAAUGCAUUACUGGAAGCAGAAAACAAGCAGCUCAAGGUCGCGCGCGCCCGCGGCUCGUCAGGCGCUCAGAAGCAAAAGCACUUGGCUCGGACGCAGAGCAUGAAUAUGACUGGCCUCUAG